AUGUUAGCUCUAAUUGGGACUGUGCUGGUCGUGUUAUUAUUAGCGCAGCCUAACCAAGCCUGUACACCGUACCGACCACCACCACCACCUCCUACAGAAUGCACGAAUACUGUAUCUGCGUCUGUCAGCCCUGGUAAAGCCCCACUGUACAAUGCCAAAUCAGAUGGCAACAAUAAUUACAUCAUUGUCAUUGAGGAUUAUGAGAAUCCUGAAUCUAUGAAACAAAGAAUAGGUAACAUGAGAUCAUCAAGCAACAAGCGUAUUUCGCCAAGUAAAGCCAUCAAUGCGCCAUCAAAUGGGAUAAAAGCAGUCGUUUCUGAUCUUAAUGACCAACAGCUAGAUAUGAUUCUUCAAAUGGAUGGUGUGAAGUAUGUCGAAAAAAAUAUGCUAGUUAAAAUGAAUGCAGAUACCGAAGUUUGGGGCUUAGAUCGUAUUGACCAGCGCAAACGUCCAUUGGAUGGAAAAUAUUCACCUCCGGGGAAUGGGACUGGCGUGAUCGUUUACGUCGUCGAUUCUGGCGUCAAUACCAGACACGUAGAUUUUGACGGCAGAGCAGAGAACUGGCACGAAGUUGUUAAUGGCACAGGAGAGGAUUGCAGUGGACAUGGCACCCACGUUGCCGGUACAGUUGCCGCAGCUACGUACGGGGUUGCCUCCGGUGUGAAAAUAAACAGUGUACGUGUAUUUGGGUGUGACUCUAUUACUUCUAGUUCCGUCAUCAUAGCAGGUAUAAAUCAUAUACUGGAAAAUGGGGUCAGUGGUAGUAUCGUAUCCAUGUCAUUUGGAGGCCCCAAGUCUGUAGCGUUAGAUGAUGCUAUAAAGAGCUUGAUUGAAGCCGGCUUUGUUGUGGCAGUUACUGUCGGGGCCACUGACAGAUUCGACAACCGAGCCUCAUUUUCUAAUUACGGAAUUGGUGUAGAUAUUUUCGCACCUGGUGUAGACAUAGAAUCUCUUAGUUAUUCCGGUGAUAGUGGUACAAAUAGACAAAGUGGUACAUCUAUGUCCGCACCUCAUGUUGCAGGAGUGGCUGCGAUCUUACGAUCUCGUGGAGUAGCUGCUAGCGAAGUCCGUCAGAAAAUCAUUGACCUAUCAACUAAAGAUGUUGUUAGAUACCCUAAUGGAUCAAACAAUCGUCUGCUCUUUAUCGAAUAAUCACGUGAUCUGAUCGAGCCAAUAUGAUACGAGAAAUCACUGUUGGUCUAUUAAUAGGCAUGCAUUGCUCAAAAAUAUAAAUUUCGACAAUGAAAGUACAAAUUAAACCUAGAUAGUAAGAUUUAAAAAAAAACAAACACCAAUAUCUUUUACAUAAGAUAGUUUUAUUGUGAAAUAGGAGAAAAGUGUGUUAUUAUAUUAAGACUUAAAACCGUAUGUUAUUUAUCGGAUAAUUAUGUAAUCAUACCGAGUUUAGUAAAUAACAUAUGAAAAAUCUUCA